UCCGGCAAUCAUAGCGACGAGACAAGCAGCGCAGCCCAUAAGAUACCACCUUGCGUUUAACAAGAGCUUCGUUGACUUCGUACUUAGACUAAGCUUACUUGCAUUUUCUCUGCCUGAACCAGUUGUUACUCAAAUCUCCAUCGUUUACUUUCAGGCUGAAAACUGUGUUAUUUCAACUUCCACGUUGUCCUUCGCAAGCUCGAUAACUAGCUUCCUUGAACGAGCUCCCCACGUUCGCCAAGCAAUGACCGUCUAGAGCAAUCAUCCAACGACAUAUACAUAUACAUAUCUUUCAAGGGAGCCUCCAUUUCUGUGACACGAAACUCGCAAGCGAACGUUGCAAAUACCUUCGCCAUGGCGACCCCAAAGUUCAGCUCGAAAUCGCCCACGAUUAGACGAAUACUUCGUGAAGCAGCCGAAAUCUCCAACUCCCCCUCUGCCGAUUACACAGCCGAGCCCCUCGAAUCCGACCUGUUCGAGUGGCACUUCACACUCAAAGGGCCACCCAAUUCAGUCUACAGUAAUGGUAUCUACCAUGGUCGCAUAGUUCUUCCACCCACAUACCCUCUUCGACCGCCUUCUUUCCGCUUCAUGACACCAAGUGGUCGAUUCGAAGCCAACCGUGAGAUUUGUUUGAGUAUCAGUGGUCAUCAUGAGGAGACGUGGCAACCUGCAUGGGGAGUACGGACAGCUCUUGUAGCGCUCCGAAGUUUUAUGGAGACUGAUGCUCGUGGCCAACUGGGAGGUCUUGAAACAACUGACGCAGUACGCCAACGUCUUGCCAACGAGUCACCGGCAUUCAAAUGCGCAACGUGUGGAAAGACAAACGGCGAGAUCAUCAAGGAAUGCGAAGAGCGAGCAAAGGAAGCAUCGUCAAGUGCACAGGAAGUUGAAAUCCCCAAAGAGUUGAACAUGGGAUGGCGCGAUGAGAUGGGAGCCAAGAAAGAUGGCGAGAGCCAGCCUGAACAGAAAAACGACGACGCCGAGACAGCUCAACUUGCAGAGGGAUUCGUCCAGACCGCACCAGAUGCCGUUUCAGCUGCCAACGAUUCUUCGGCCCCUCAACCACCAGCAGAGAACCGAAACCCCACUCCGACCCGAACUACACCUCUCCCCGUCCCGGUGGCUCAAGGACUUGUACCACAGGCUGCGGCACAGGCACAAGCGCAGCAAGCUCGACGGGCAACGGAUGACGGUGUUCCUCUGUGGCUUGAUCGAACUAUCGUUGUUUUGGUGGUGCUUUUGGUAGCUCUCGUUCUCAAGAUCAUCUUUGCUGUGUGAUUGCGUUUUAUGGGUUUUCAUAUGUUAUUGUCGGCAUGGCGUAUGGUGUUUUCACAUGGAUCAGUCAGUUAGGGGCGAAUUAGAUAUCCGGUCAAUUUGAGUCUGAUGUGACUACCACUCGGC